AUAGCAACAUUAACAUUAUCUUCUUCUCAUCCAUAUACCCUAGAUCUUUUCUCACAAUUCGCUCAAUCUUCAGCUAAUUCACUAUCUUUAUUAACUUCCAUCACACCACUCCCGACUACUAAAGAAUUACAUACGGUUUUGAAAUCUCCUUUUGUGAUGAAGAAAGCUCAAGAGAAUUUCAUGCGUAAGACUCAUAAAAGGAUGAUUAAAGUUUGGAAUGGUGAUAGAGUGGUCGUUGAUUUAUGGAGUAGGUAUUUGAAGGAAGGGGCUAUAGGUGGUGUUGGGAUG